CAAACUUUCCUCGAGCUCCUCUUUUAACCGUCUGAUGCCAUUACCUAUCAAGCCGCAUACAAAGGAGUAUGAGGACCUGAUCAUUCACGCCGUACAUCUACACUUGCUGGACCAUUCACUCUUGUGUCUCACCCGCCCUUCAUUGGAGCAAUUGAUUGUCUUUCUCUCGGCAAGGGACUUUGGCUACCUAUCUUUGGUUUACACAUGGGCUUUCUUCCAUCUACCUCCUGUCACCUCACACUGCUUUGAGCUCGUAUUCUGUCCGACACUCCUUUCUGUCUAUACAAAACCUGCACUGCUUAUCCUCGAAUCAAGGGCAACUGACAAAACCUGUUCUCACUUCAUCUGGUAGCGGCGUCAAGGUCGCUUGAAAUUUUGGAAAUGGAACAUCAGCGGGCACAGGCUACACAGGCUGGGUGGCCCGGGUAUAAGAGUAUCGAGGAAGACUUGAAGGCUGCCAUGUGGACAGAAGCAUCUGUCGACUCUGAGAAUACCGCAGGCGAUGAUAGCGUCCAAGUUCCUGAUAGGAGUGACCCUCUCAGUUCUGAUGAUGAUCUACAGAUCGUGGCAACACGUACACGCUCAUUGUCACCCAUGUCUGAAGAUUUUGACACUCCUCCGCAACAACCCCGGGCCAGAGUAUACCCAGACAGGGACCCUGUCUUCCAGAUUUGGUCAUCACCACCUCUGCGGCAUGCUUCACAACGGUCAGCAAGGCCUUUUCCGAACGAUCAAGAGGCUCAAGCAUCCAGGAGCGUCUCCAACACCAGUUUUCGCGGCUCGAGACUGGCCCCGGAUGACCCUCGUGAAAAACGAAGUGAAGAUGUGGCACUGGCAAGGGCUUUGAAAGCCAGCCGAAGAUCGUAUGCGGCCGAGCAAAGUGUGGGCCAGGAGAAGACACGCAGGUUUGUCUCGGAUAAUGCUGGCGAUCGCAGAGAAAAGGAGGAGCUCGAGUGGGCACUGCGAAUGAGUUCGCUGGAGUAUGAAGCCCAACAUGGAGCUCAGCGAGUGUCAGAACAGCCAGAGCGAAGGCCUGCUAAUUUUGCGACUACGGACUCAGAGACAACUCCUCACGGCGCAAAGACCUGGGCUGAGUCGAGCCGGCGGCCUAUCCCUAGCUACGAAAAAGCUAGUAUGCCCAGAAAGAGGGCUGAGGUAUCAGGAUUCUCAACAUCAGAGGAUAAUGGCAUUAGAGGCCGCGUCCAGGAUGCUCUACAACAAGUGCGCUUAGCAGCAGAGAGAGUCCAAAUGAAGAGUCCAGACAUCGCCCGUCCCACAGAGGACGACCAAUUGACGGCUAUUUUCGCCCGAGAUAUCACUAACGGCAAUUUCGAGAAGGCCGUCACCAAUUUCUGUCAACAGGCUGGCGGCGCGGUUCAACCUAUUUUCCGAGCGACUGCACUUGGCGAAACCACUAGAAGUGCUCGAGAAUUCACGGGACGUCUUCUUACUCCUCCACCGUCGCAGAGCAAUCUUGCAGCUGAAAGUGACGAUCAACCGCUGCCAGUCCAAAUUCGCCGGCUGCGAGCAGAAAACACAAAAUUGAAACAUCAGAUUGAUUCUUUACGGGAUGAAAAGGCGAUGGACACGAGACGGAUCGCCAGACUGACUAGUCGAAGAGACGAACUAGCGAAAGAUUUGAAAAUCUAUGACGGCUUACUUUUCACUACUGGAUGAAAUGGGUGACGAGAAAAACGACUGAAGCACCGGGGAUAUGGAGAUCAUGUAUUUAUAUCAAGGCAUUCGGUCGGGUGGAAGAGUGGGAAUUGCGGAAGUACAGCGAGAAGAGUCCUACUUACGUACAGGCUAAAAGGAGGCAUAGGACGAUUUAUUCGCGCGCCGUUCUGCACAUGCACCGUGGCGUUUUAAAUCCGCCAGCCAGGAGAAGCCUGGCAGAGAAUAUGAACAUCAGAAAUUUUGUGGUUCAGGUAAA